CAAGACUGAACUUUAUAAAUAUUUAAGUACAAUGCAAGCGUGUGGGCAAAGUCAAUGAUUGUACAGUAGAAUUGAUGAUAAUACAAAAACUACAUGCUUUUCCAAGGCUAAGUCAUUAACCCAUUUCUUAUUUACAAACAUAACUUUAUUAGGGUAAUUUUAUAAUGACAAUUUUAUAUGGUCUUUGAGCACACAUGGUAUCUAAAGACCUGAGCUGCACAGUUGUACUCGGUAACAUGUGUUUGCUCGGCGAUCAGUCCGUCAUUAGCAUAGCUAAACCAGGAUCUAAUUUAAGUACUUCUAAGAUGUGAACAGAAACACUGCCGCUUUGCAAACCACAGUCAACAGCUCCAGAUCAUCCACACCUAUCAGAUUACAAAGUAGCUCAAACUUGUCUAUCAUCUUGGCAUCUUCUGAUCCUCGCUUAUUUUAUGGUUCCUGGCUUGUGACCCAUGCGCGUAAGUCUUCCAUGCUGUACCCUGUCAAGUUGCAAGAAAAACUGAACUCUCAAGGUCAGAAGAGAUUGCCUGGAUUGUCAUGUAUUUAUGGCACAGCCACGCUGGUCUUCUCCUUCUGCCAUUGCAAGUCUUGCAGAAGCAUAUGCAUCUCUCUUCUAUAUCUUCUCUUACUACCUUUCAAGAAUUCCCUUGUUGGGCGCUCGAUGUUCUUGGCACCUUUAUGCAGACUUCAUCCUGUGACACUGAACUCUUCCACUGAUCAAUUAAUUUCCAGGUAGCUACCAGCAUCUCUUUUGCAUAUCUCAAGAUCUGAAUUUCAAAUAAGAGAGCUCGAAACAAUAGUAAUGGGUUGCUUCCCUGUGUUCUGGAGGAAGAAGAAUACCAGAAGCCAGAUUGUGCAACAUGACCAAGACAUCGCAAUCACGGGCAAUGUGAAAAUCUACUCGUCCAAGGAGCUGAGAAAAGCCACAAGAAAUUUCAGCCCGGGAAACAAGCUCGGACAGGGUUCUUUCGGCCGUGUCUACCUGGGAAAGCUGAAGAACGGCGAGAAGGUUGCCAUCAAGGUGCUCUCCUCAGAGUCGAGGCAAGGGAGAAAGGAGUUCUUGAAUGAGCUGAGUGUCAUAUCCAGCAUAACUCAUCACAAUCUAGUCAAACUGCUUGGCUGCUGCGUCGAUGGAGGCCAAAAGAUGCUGGUCUACAACUACGUGGAGAACAACAGCCUUGCACAGACCCUUUUCGGUAAUUCCCGCAGUGGCAUCAGAUUAGACUGGAGAACGAGGGUGAAGAUCUGCAUUGGUGUUGCUGAUGGGCUCACCUACCUUCACGAAGAAGUCCAUCCACCGAUCGUUCACCGCGACAUCAAAGCCAGCAACAUUCUUCUUGACAGAAACCUGAGACCCAAGAUAGCAGACUUUGGGCUGGCAAAGUUCUUCCCAGGCAACAUGACACAUAUCAGCACCAGAGUUGCAGGGACGCUAGGAUAUCUUGCACCAGAGUAUGCCAUCCGAGGGCAGCUGACCAAAAAGGCCGAUGUCUACAGCUUUGGUGUACUGCUGCUGGAGAUUGUCAGUGGCAGAUGCCACACUGAUCCCAGAUUACCUUUUGAUGAGCAGUUCCUCCUAGAAAAGGUCUGGACACUCUAUGAGUCCGAUGAUCUUGAGAGCAUCAUUGACAGGACCCUGAAAAAUGAUUUUGACACCGAAGAAGCACGUCAGUUGCUGAAAAUAGGUCUUCUGUGCACCCAGGAUAGCCCCAAGAUCAGGCCCUCCAUGUCAAUGGUCGCUAAGAUGCUGAAGGGUGAGUGUGCUGUAAGUGACAAGAUCAUGAGGCCCGGCUUGAUCACAGACGUUAUGGACCUGAAAGUCAGGACAGUAGAGCCAGUUCAGUUCAGUUUAUCCCCAUCGAUGUCUCCUGCACUUAGCAGCUCACUGGUGUCCACACUUGCAUUAGCAGGUAGCACUAUUGUAGAGAGCCGCUGAUGGAAAUAGUUGAAGGACCAGAUGCCUACGAAAAAGUGGGCUGUAAUUGGAAGCAACAUGAGUUGUUUUUGUUUGUGUUUUAGUACAUUGUAAGAAUGUUAGUAGAUAUAUAUCAUCCUAGUUUGAUUA